GACCUCUACUCAUCUUCAUAUGUGUCGCCCAGAUUUGAGGAUCGGAGAGAUAUUAUGAAUCUGUCGUUCCAUUGAAUUCGAGACUUGAUUUAUAUAUAUAUUUUUUAAAAAUCUAUUGAUCCGUCAAAUUCUGGAAACGAUCUCAGAUUCUUUAGGAUUUUUUUAUCUGACGACGAAGAUGAUGAAGAUUCAAAUUGGUGUGGUGGCGUUGUUUGUGGCUCUCUCUGUGUCCUCUCUCUUUGAAUUUGGAUUGGCUUCUCCGAACACAGUUCCUGCUUUCCUCUGGUCUCCUCAUCUCCAGUCUGCUAAUGGUGAGUUGGAUCAGGCUGUAAACUAUCAGGUCAUAUCUGCAAAAGAUCUUGUAGCUUCUGUGUUCACUCAAGGAGGCUGGUCAAAUUUUCUGUGCUCGGAGAAGAAACUUGAGCAACCUGUUGAUGUUGCACUUGUGUUCAUUGGCAGAGAGUUACUCUCCUCUGAUGUUUCUUCAAGAAGGAACUCUGACCCUACCCUUGUUAAUACAUUGAAUAAACUAUUUACAGCUUCCAACUUCUCGCUGGCAUUCCCAUUUAUUGCUGCGCCAGAGGAAGAAAGAAUGGAGACUUUGUUGCUUUCAGGGCUUAACGAAGCUUGCCCCAACAAUGUAGGAGUCAGCAAUAUCGUGUUCUCAGAUUCGUGCUUUGUUGAGGAUGGGACUAUUCAGAAACUAUCAGGCCGGCAGUCUUUCAAAGAUCAUUUGCUUGCUAGAAGAGAAACAAGGAAAGAAGGAGAAACUGAUUUAGUUGUGCUUUGUUCCGAGGGAUCUGAAGAAUCAAAAAGUCAAGCUGGCCAAUCUCAUUCAGAGCGUGAAAGCAUCUCCGAACUUGUUAAUUCUGUAGAACAAUCCGGCAGUAAAUAUACAGCUCUUUAUGUUUCUGAUCCUUAUUGGUACACAUCUUACAAAACUCUCCAAAGGUUUCUGGCUGAAACUGCUAAAGGAAACAGCACUCCUGAAGUUACUACUGGUUGUGAUGAACUCUGCAAAUUUAAGUCAUCCCUUUUGGAGGGCAUACUAGUGGUAAGAAGUUACUCUUUUUAGUCUCGGUUAUGUUUC